GAAACUAACUAAUUAACAAACGCUCAAAACUUCUCUCUCACACACUACACUACACAAUUUUCUGAACCCAACUGAAAGUCUAAAAGAGAGAGAGAGAGAGAGCUAUGGCGACGAUACUGAGAUGGUACAAACCCUUGUUUCCGCUCCGCCACCGCAAACCUCUGGCAUUCGCGUCGAAAUCUUUCCAUUGGAAGAGCAAAUUCCGCCUUCGCAGCACAAUCAAUUGCAGCUACAACAAGUAUCAAUCCUUGAAUACCUGCUGUGAGGAAAAAAUCGAUAACAAAAAUCGCGAUGGUAACUCGCGGGAAGCGAAGAAAGAAGUCUGGCUGUACAAUACGAUGAGCAAGCAACGAGAGCUGUUUAAGCCCAAGGUGGAAGGCAGAGUAGGAAUGUACGUUUGCGGCGUCACCGCCUAUGAUCUCAGCCACAUUGGCCAUGCCCGCGUUUACGUUGCUUUUGAUGUGCUCUACAGAUACCUUAAGCACUUGGGCUAUGAGGUUAACUACGUCCGCAAUUUCACUGAUGUUGAUGACAAGAUUAUUGCCAGAGCAAAUGAAUUGGGUGAAGAUCCAAUUAGUUUGAGCAGAAGAUACUGUGAGGAAUUUCAUCAUGACAUGGCAUGCCUGAACUGCCUUCCUCCUUCAGUGGAACCUCGCGUCUCUGAUCACAUACCGCAGAUUAUUGCUAUGAUUAGACAGAUACUGGAUAAUGAAUGUGCAUACGCAAUUGAUGGCGACGUGUACUUCUCCAUAGACAAAUUCCCUGAGUAUGGUCGAUUAUCUGGACGUAAAUUGGAAGAUAACAGGGCUGGACAACGUGUUGCUGUGGACUCUAGGAAGAGAAACACAGCUGACUUUGCAUUAUGGAAGGCAGCAAAGGAGGGAGAACCUUUCUGGGAGAGUCCAUGGGGUCCUGGAAGGCCGGGAUGGCAUAUCGAGUGCAGUGCUAUGAGUGCUGCUUAUUUAGGUUAUUCUUUCGACAUACAUGGUGGUGGAAUGGAUCUUAUUUUUCCUCAUCACGAGAAUGAGAUUGCACAAAGCUGUGCUGCCUGCCGUGAAAGCAGUGUAAGCUAUUGGAUCCAUAAUGGAUUUGUGACCAUCGAUUCUGAGAAGAUGUCGAAAUCUCUUGGCAACUUUUUCACCAUUAGACAGGUACUAGAACUUUAUCAUCCACUCGCUCUGAGGCUUUUCCUUAUGGGAACUCACUAUCGUUCCUCUAUUAAUUACUCGGAUCUACUGCUUGAAAGUGCAUCAGACCGUGUUUUCUAUAUCUAUCAGACAUUACAUGAUUGUGUGAGUAUCACGGCCCAGCACGAAGAGGCUGAUCUGAAGGAUUCAAUUCCAUCAGAAAUUGCAACGUGCAUCAACAAAUUUCAGGACGAGUGUUCGAUAUCAAUGACAGAUGAUCUACAUACUUCUGUGGCUUUAGCUGCAAUCUCCGAACCAUUGAAAACCAUGAAUGAUCUUUUACAUACCCGAAAGGGAAAGAAGCAACAACUGAGAAUUGAGUCACUUGCUGCUUUGGAAAAGACGGUUAGAGAUAUUCUUGCUAUUUUGGGGCUUUUGCCAGAUAGUUAUUCUGAGGCAUUGGAGCAGCUGAAGGAUUACGCUCUGAGGCGUGCAAAGUUGACAGAAGAUCAUGUUUUGCACAAGAUUGAAGAAAGAAAUGCUGCAAGAGAAAAUAAAGAAUAUGAAAAAUCGGAUGCAAUUCGAAAAGAAUUGGCAAGUGCAGGCAUUGCACUCAUGGACAGCCCAGAAGGCACAACUUGGAGACCAGCUAUGCCUCUGGCAUUGCAAGACCAAUAGUUUUUCUCAAUCGAGCAUCCGUUUUGGAAAUUAUUGUCGUCUAUAUAGCAUAGCACGAAACAGCUUCUGUCCAGGUACUUUUCACCUAUGAUUCUGUAACUGGAAUUUUGAUUCUCCGUCAAUUUUAUUGCUUAUUACUCUGUAGGAAACUACAUUUACUUAUUGAUACAGAUUACAUUCGAAAUC